UUAUGAAUUUGGAAGAUUUUGGUCUGUUCGUCAAAGUUUAUGUAUGUAUUUUUCUUAAUUUUCAAUCUAAUAAUUUUCAUAAGCUUAAUUUCGUCUGGAACUUAAGUAAUCCUUUCGAUUUCAUUCCGAUUCCGAUUCCGAUUCACUCCACUAGAAUCCGAUUCUUAAAUCGCCUCCAUGGCCUCUCUGUCUGCGUUUUCCGUUCUUCUGCUAAGGAGGAACUGACAGAGAGGUGGAGUUUGGCGAUUGGUGGAGGCGGUGUAGGUCAUUGUUGUAGGCUGAGGUGAAAAGUGGGGCAGCAAUAAGACUGCGAGGUCACAUAGUUGACAAAUUUGGCGGCAUCUUUGUUAUAGUCCGUUCAAAGUUCGGAAGAGAGAGAACUGAAGAACUUGGGAAUUUUAGGGUGUUUGGAACAGUGAAGAGGAAGGGGGUGGCGAGCGAGAGAAAAUGGGCAAAGGGCCAUUUUCUUUUCGCCGGAGUAAUAGUCGUCGCCGCCCUAAGAAGGCAGCUCAGUCGACACCGUUGUUGUCGCCUCAGACACCUCUGCCGAUUGACGUCAAUUCUCCUCCCAUUAACAAUAAUGGCAGCAGCUUGGUCGGUGGUGGCGGUGGUGGUGGUGGGGCUGUGGGAAAGGUGAAGAAGAAGGCUGGAGGAGCGAAGCUGUGGAUGCGUCUCGACAGAUGGGGGCAGUCGGAGCUUUUAGAGUGGGACAAGAACGCAAUAAUCCGGCGUGCUGCAAUUCCGGCUCGGGAUUUGAGGAUUCUUGGUCCUGUUUUCUCCCACUCCUCCAACAUACUCGCAAGGGAAAAGGCCAUGGUUGUUAAUUUAGAGUUCAUAAAAGCUAUAGUUACUGCUGAAGAAGUCCUACUAUUUGACCCUCUUCGCCAAGAGGUUAUUCCAUUUGUGGAUCAGCUAAGGAAACUACUUGCUACGAAGAGUUCAUCUCAGGGCCAUGGAGAUGGAACUGUGGAUGAACGUGAAAAUGAUGUGAAUGUUUCAAGUGGAGGAAAGUGGUUGCCAGUCUCCGAAGCUGCUGAAGCUGCUGAAGGUGUGCCGUAUGAGCUCCCGUUUGAGUUUCAGGUUCUGGAAAAUGCAUUGGAGGUUGUAUGUAUGUAUUUAGAUUCCAGUGUGGAAGACCUUGAGAGAGAUGCUUAUCCAGUGCUUGAUGAACUGGCUAGGAAUGUCAGCACCAAGAAUUUAGAACGUGUGAGAAGCUUGAAAAGUAAUCUUACCCGUAUUCUUGCACGCGUUCAAAAGGUGCGGGACGAGAUAGAGCAUCUAUUAGAUGAUAAUGAAGAUAUGGCACAACUAUAUUUGACAAGGAAAUGGAUGCAGAAUCAACAAGCUGAUGCUUUGCUGGGAGGUCUGGCUUCCAACAGCACCACAGCCAUCGUUCCCCAUCUUCGUCGACUUAGUUCCACCCGGAGCGGAAGUAUGGUGACCAGCAAUCUUCUUGAUGAUAAUGAUGUAGAGGAUCUGGAAAUGUUACUCGAGGCAUAUUUUAUGCAGUUAGAUGGGACUCGUAACAGGAUAUUAUCGGUUAGGGAAUACAUCGAUGACACCGAGGAUUAUGUCAAUAUUCAACUUGACAACCAACGAAAUGAACUCAUUCAGUUUCAGUUGACACUGACCAUUGCUUCAUUCGCCAUAGCCAUUGAAACCUUAAUCGCCGGGUUGUUUGGCAUGAACAUCCAUUGUACAUUGUACGAUCGGGAGGGGAUAUUCGAGUACUUCGUCGGAGGUACUUCAGUAGGUUGUUUGUUGAUUUUCGUGCUUAUUUUCGGGUAUGCUAAAUGGAAGAAGCUUCUCGGUUCAUGAUUUCACCUUGUUCAGCAUGUUCAGCUGUUGUUUUAUAUCAGCAAAAUAAAUACUUGUAUGCUUAUGAAUCAAUAAUUUACACAGCAUACCAUAAGCUGCAUACAAACAUACUGCAAUGAUAUGAGAAUUAUUUGUACUUAAUGCCA